AUGCCGUUGACCAUCGCAGAAGUGAAGAAGGCCUUGAGCUUUAUUUGGGGCAAGGAGCGUGACCUCAACGAGACUUAUGCCUUCGAGUUCAAUAGUGCCUGGUCAUGUGUUCGAAGCAAUGGCGGGGAAUCCAGAAGGUUCCGCCUCAGCUUCGAUGCUUCGGCUGGUCGGCUUUGGUGGGGCCAGUCCUACUUUAUGGACCCUGACGAUCUCCUCCAAAAGCCUGAGAAGGUGCAAUGGUAUCGUGCUUCAGACCCCAAGAAGAGCCGAGCGGCCUUUGUUUGGAAGAGGCUGCGGGAAGCCCGGGAGGUUGCGCACAAGAGCGCCGUGCCAAAGGUUGCGACUGCGCGUCCUGCCGGCACCAGGCCGCCCAGUGGGACGGAGAAGGCUCCGAAGAUCUAUGUGGAAAAGUCUAAACGCAGUCCAGAGAAGGGGCAGCAAUCGCCAGAGAUCAUGCUGGACUUGGACCAAGUGUUGGUGAUCUACAAGCCACCCCACUGGAAGGUGGAACUCCCUUCCAACACACAGGACGGCCUAUAUCUUCCGAGCUGGCUACAAGAGAAGGUUGAGGGCAUCGAUCCCAAACUCUUCGAGGUGGAGUCCAACCCGGCCCUGUCUGGCACCGGCUUCGGCCCGCUGAGUCACCGGAUCGACCAGGAGACGAGUGGCCCUCUGCUUGCAGCUCGCACGCGAACGGCCCACAAGCAUUUGCGUGCUCAGUUUCACAAGACGGAGGUCUCCAAACGCUACGUUUGCCUGGUUCAUGGCCGUGUGAGCCAAGCCAAGGGCAUCGUUAACGCCCACAUUCGGACCCUUCGGACGGACGCCACCACCAGGUCGGAGAUCUCGGCCUCAGGCGAUUGGGCAGAGACUCGAUAUCAAGUCAUUGCGACUUAUGACUCUGUGCGUGGGCUCUACAGCUUGCUGGCCUGUGAUAUCACGUCUGGACGAACUCAUCAGAUCCGGGUGCAUAUGCAGCACUUGGGCCAUCCGCUGGUCUCGGACGACAAAUAUGCCUCCGAGACACUCGAAGAGGAUCGUGCUUGGUGCCCUCGGCUCUUCUUGCAUUGCUACCGGCUCCGCUUCAAGGACAUGAGGAACUCCGUGCAGCUGGUGAGUUGCCCUUUGCCCUCUGAUUUGAAGGCCGCCCUGUCACGUCUAGGGGCUGCCGAUGGACCUUCGAAUGACUUGCUGUUCGAAGAGACCUCUUGGCAGCGGGAGGUCUUCCGAGUGCCAGCUAUGGCCUGGCGACCGGGCACUGAGGUGCAACGACACUUAUGCUCAAUGCUGACGCGGUCGGAGCCUCUGCUUCUCAGUGAGGUGAAUCGGGAUCCAGAGCUGCAGAGGCUCAUGGCGAAGGAACAUCUCAGCUCGAUCGACAAAGCUUGGCUGGCGAAGAACUACGACACUUUUGAAGUCUUGAACGUUCAUGAUGAUGAUGCCAUAAGUGUGAAGCUGCGGCCCAUCGACGAGGCCACCGAGCUGGAGCAGCAGAUCGAGGCGGCGCGCUCGGAGUACGAAGAGUUGCAACGGCAAAAGCAACGGGCAAUCGCGGAAGAACAGUACUUGCAAGCGGGCGAGAUCAAGCGCCGGGUCGAGGCUGCCGAAGCGGAGCUGUCGAAUUUGAUGGCCUUGGCCGAAGCGCUGGAGAAGACGGAGGAGGUGGACGAAGGCGUUCCUGUCCUCAAGUCCGUCACUCCAGUGGCCUUUCAAGAAGAUGUGAGGGAUGAGGCGCUCUUCCCCUCCCUUGGCAGCAAGCCGAAGGUGAUGACGUUGCCCAGGUUUCGUGAGGAGAAGGAAGACGAAAGAGGUCCCGAGCCCGUCGAGCCCGUCGUCUCGUUGAAGGAUGCCCUGCUUUCCUUCCUGGACAGUCGAGAAGGCUAUAUAGCUCAUAUCAACGAGAUCAACAACGACCGGACCUUGAAGGAGGUGAUGGCGGCCCAGCAAAAGCCUCUCAUGGCAGUGAACAAGGCGUGGCUGAAGCAGCACGAGGAGGACUUCACCCUCUUCCGAGCGAAUGACAAUGAGAUGUACGUCGCCAAGACCGAGGCGGUGGCCUCUCAGAAGGCUGCCAGAGCCAAGACGAACUCGGAGCAGAAGAAGCAGCCUGCAUACCAGCAGGUCAUUCAGAAGGCUGAUGCAGAAGCGGCCCCCUUGGUCUAUGAGUUCAGUCAUGCCAAGAAAGAGGAUGAAGAUCUCAACAAGGUGGCCGGAGCAGAAGCUUGGCUUCAAAAGUUCCAAGAAGCUCUGGAGGGCUCCAGCCGCACCGCGAAAGAGCUGCUGGCUGACGUGCCCCUCUUCGCACCAGCCAUGGGGGCCACGCGGCCGCGGCAACAAGAGGAGCUCUUAGUGACCUUCUUGCAAACCUGGCCCAAAAGCUUCAAGGUGGAGAAGAGAGGCUCUGGCGCAGAGCGUAGCUAUUUAGUCUCCUUGAGAUGA